AUGGCCGGAAUUACAUUCUUUCAAGGAUUUCUAGAUAGAGUUAGCAUUAAUCCAGUAGGAGCAGGAACAAGAAAUUGGGCGAUAGGUAUGUUCCGAAGUUGUUUGAAUGAAUUUUCUGGUGAUUGGUACGAUAAAAAACUUCUUGGAAAAAAUUGGGCAUUAACUAAUAUAUAUGACAAUCAUGCAUACGUCAAUGCAAAUGUUGGCACCCAUAAUGCUACUACAGCAGCGGAUGUAGAUGCUAAAAUGCUCCCAUGUGAAACUGUUGCGGAAGAUUGGACCAAUUCUGAUGGAGAACACGACUUAGGUUAG